UGUAAUAUUUAGUCGUAGGUCACAAAGAUUUUAGUCUUGAAACCAUACUGUCUACAAUGGCAGUAAGACAUAACCAUAAGAUGGACCAAUGGAGAAAGAGAAUAUGGAGUCUGCCACAAAAGUGUGCUUACAGGAUCUGUUUGAUGUUUCUGCCAGAAGCAGCAAGUUUUGUGUUAUCUUUAUUUUUUGCUGUGCAUUCUAUACACACAGAAGCAGUAUGUAACAAGAAUAGAGACUUUUUAAUUAUUAUCACAAAUAAUUGUCAUUGGUAAAUACGGCUGCACGUGUCACAGGUGUAGUUGGUAGGGCAGAAACUUUGUCCUCCUUAUUUUACCUGACAGCUUUAAUCACAUGUACUAAAUGUUCCAAAAGCAAAAGAUUUACAGGGUGUAUGAAAAUUUUAUUGUACAGAAGGUUAGGGCGUGGGAUAUUUUCUUAGCACUAAAGUCAGCUUUUGGUGGCAAUAAAAUUUAACCUGCAUGGUCAGGCGAGUGUACAAAAGGUUUGACUGCUCUCACACUUGUUACAGUUAGCCUGCUUAUCCUACGAUUACUUAUAAUGGGCUCAAAGUUACCUAUAUUUAUCAGAUUCGACAAUCCUGCAUUGAUUGCAACAACACCAACAAGACAGUGUACAUAAUCGUUCAAAUAUGCCUGCGUGCGUGUCAAAAAUAGAUUUACAGAAAUUAAACCUUAUAAUACAUUUUAUGUUAUAUUGGCAUCAAAGCAUUGUACUUCAAAUAUUAACGUAUCGGAUACAAAAAGUCAAAAGCAGACGUUGGUGGGUGAGACCAAUCAAUAGAAGGAAACGUCAAGGUUUCGUGUCUAACCUAUUUCGCGAAAUUAAAUUAACUGAUCACGAAGAAUUUUUUAUGUACACGCGACUUUGCCCAGAACAGUAUAAAAUUUUACUGGAGUUAACAACUCCAUAUCUUACUAAGUACAGCAAUCGAAAACCUUUGUCACCUGAAAUAAAACUGGUCAUAACUUUAACAUAUCUUGCUCAAGGGGAUAGCGUUGUAACUAAACAUCUAGAAUAUCGUGUGGGAAGAUCAACAGUACACAAAAUUUUACCAGAAGUGUGCCAUGCUAUAUGGCUAGCUCUUCAACCUAUUGUUUUGCCUAUUUUGAAUUCUGAGGAAUGGAAGAAGAAAAGUGAGGAGUUCUUACUUAAGUGGCAAUUUCCAAAUUGCAUAGGAGCGCUUGACGGUCGUCAUAUGGAAAUACAAGCACCACCAUGCUCAGGAUCGGAAUUCUAUAACUAUAAAAAAUAUUUUAGCAUAGUUCUUAUGGCUUUGUGUGAUGCCAAUUACAAAUUCACUUGGGUUGACAUUGGUCAAUUUGGAUCCAUAAGUGAUGGUGGUGUAUGGAGCAAGACAAACUUUGCUGCUGAUUUAGAAAACAAUGCAGCAGACUUACCAGAACCUACACCUUUACCAGGAAGAGAUAUUCCAUUUCCUUAUAUUAUAGUUGCUGACGAAGCAUUUCCUUUGAAACCAUACCUAAUGCGUCCUUUUCCAAAAAAGGUAAACAGGUUAACGAAUGAAGAGCGAAUAUUUAAUUACCGAUUAAGUCGAGCACGAUUGUGUAUAGAGAACUCUUUUGGUAUUCUUACUUCUCGUUGGAGGAUUCUACAUAGAAGAAUUAGUUGCUCAGUACAAAAUGCAGAAAAGAUUUGUAAAGCACUUGUAUGCUUGCACAAUUUUGCUAUGAGUGGUAAUAACAGUGACCAAUAUUCUUGGUCUGAAUGGCUUCAUUCAGAGGAUCAUGAGGAAAGACGUCUUGAAGAUCGAUGGCAUAAUAUAGGAACUGAACAAUAUUUCAAACAGUUAUCAAGAGUAGGACCUAACAGAGCUGGAUCUUAUUCUUUGGGCUUACGUAAUUAUUUAAAAGAGUACUUUAUAUCACGUACUGGCCAUACUCAAGCACCAUGGCAAUUUCAAAGAGCAUUUAGAGGUCUGAAUAUCAACCCACCUGUUUAACAUACUAUUGUCGUAUACUUACUAUUUUUCAUUUACUGACAUACGAUAUUAUAAUAAACGCUGUAACACUGGUGUACGUAGUGUUUAUGUAACCUCUUAUGUCAGUAUAUAGUUAAAACUAUGAAUGUUAUACAAAAUAAUCAGCUAAAAAUUAAUAAUUUUACA